AUGGAAGAUGAUGACAAUGUAAUGAGGAGUCUAGACAUGAGUGAUACCUAGAGUUUCGCUGUCCUUAGAGAAAGCAUCAAGGAGCUAGAGGAAAAGGUGCUGAAUCAGUCUCGGGAAGCAAUGCAAAAAUUACAAUCGUAUGAAAUGAAAAUAUAAUCUUAUUAAAGGAAAAUAGCACCACUCGAUGAGCUGGCCAGCUUAACCACGGGCAGCAACUCCUCAAUUGUGGACAGUCUUUCAAACAAGAUUGGAAAUUUACUGGAAAACAGGUUUAAUCAGAUUUUUAGGGCGAUGUACUUGGACAAGCUGACAUUUGAGAAGUAUUAAACGGACACUGAAGAAAAAAUUCAACUAAUGAAGGAAGACCAUCAAGAUCUAAAGAGUAAUGUCUUAGACUUCAGAGGGGACACAGUGAGCAUUAUUGGCACUCUACAGAGUGAGACAUAGAAGAUAUACGAUUUAAUAAGGCAAACGAAUGAUGAUCUAGAGCUCAAAGCUGGAACUGCGUAUGUGAAGAGUCUAUGUGCAACUAAGGAUGAAGUUACGGAAGUCUAAAAGUAGUUUAACAAUUAUACUCCGUUAAAAAGAUUUCAAAAUUACAUAGUGACUAUGAAUGAGGAACUAGGCAAAAGAGAUAUUGUACUUGAGGAUAUGCUAGAUAAGUAGAAUUUAGUUCUGAGAUUGAUUGAGUCUACUAAAGUUGAAAUUAACACCAAUUACUUGCCUCUUGAGAGGUUCAAUGAAUUUUAUCAGAGAUAUCAAAAUACUAGCCAGAAAUAUCAACUGGACAUAACUAAUCUUGACAACCUGGCUAUGAAAGCUGCUGAGGAUAUUAUGGAGUUAGAGAAGAUAAUAACUACUAGAGCACACUAAAGUGAGAUCUAGAAGCUUUGGGAGAACUUUCCUAACUAUUGCAGCUAUUAGGAUCUCAAAGACUUAUACUCUAAGGUCCUACCCCCAUUGGCUCACUUUGAGGAAAAAAUGGAUAGAAUGAAUUAAGGAUAUGAGCAGAGUAAAGAAAUGAUCAGAAGAUAUGAUGAAAUCAUUUCUGAUAAGGCAAAUAAAGUGGCCAUUAAUGAAAUAUAUCAAUAUGUGAACGAAACUUUUGUUAAGUAAAAUCCAUACAAUACGCAGCAUGAAGAAAGCUCGAAGAAAAUUGAUCAGUUGUUUAUUAAUCUAUCCGAUUUAAAAGAUACUCUAUAAGUCAUCACUGAAGGAAUAACAAGAGACAUACAUUAAGCUGUAAAGAAAGCAACCAAUUAGGUAAGAACAUAGAUGCAUAAUAGCUAUGGAUCAAAUUCCAAUGCUUCUAUUGCUAAUUUGAGUAACAUAGGCUCUGGGGUAGGUUUAGACGCUAUGGAAUUGAAAAAAUUGCUGAUUCAAAAAGUAGAUUAAAACGAACUUGAUAAGGUAAUGCUGAUGAAGAGUAACAAGGCAGAUAUGGAGUAGGCAUUCAAAUCAAUAGACAUUAUUCAUAAGCAAGUUUGCCACUAGAUAGUAUUAUUCAUUGAACUAGUCAAAACAUGUAUUGAAUAGCAUGGACAUUAAGAAAACAAGAAGACUAAGGAAUAGAGAAAGAUCUUCAUACUCCAGUAAGCUAUCAGUGUGUGCCGAUGGAUCAACACAUUCAAUCCUGAAAAUAUAAAUAACGAGGAUUUAAUUCUGCCUCUAGAGCUUAGAUCUCUAUAAGAUCAUUCAAAGAAUUUAGUCUCUGACUUCCCUCGGCUAGAUUAAGUUGCAGAAAUUGGGUUGAAAAAGUUUAAAGUAAGAGAACUGAGUUCAUUGAAAAACGAAGCUUCCUCAGUAAUAGUCAGCCCUACGCAUCUAAGUCCUAAAAAUGAAAAAGAACUGGUGUCUUAAUAGCUAGAUAAAUAUAUCACAAUGAGCUUAAGUACAUCACGAGAUAUGAAGAAAGGUGGGGAAAAGGGCUAAAGAUAAACAAUCACUAAUAGCAGAUAAAAUAUAACUAAGUCUUUGUAAGUUGAUUUAUUUAGUAUAACUGUCAUUAUAGAAUCAGAAACGGAAAUCGAUAUCAAUUACUUGGACUAAACAAUCCACGAAUCUAGUUAAAUGAUCAAAGCCCACUAAGUGGUACUUAAUCUUACAUAAAUCACUAAGAGAGCAAUCUCAGCCACAAUAAUACAAUUGAAAAGAUACAUCACUCUUUAGUAAGCAGCUAGGAUUCUAGUUUUGGAAUGA